ACUGUUUAGGAAAGACUCCAAGACUCGACAUCUGAUUGGCUGUUUUGCCGGUCAUAUAUAAAGCCCGGACAGCAGUCGUUCCACCCUUUCCCCUCUCAUACCGGCAAGGACAAGUCACCCUCGCCGCUGUCCAUUCCAACCCAACACCGAAAGUCAUCUACGGUUCAAUAAUUCGGAAAUAUGUCUAAGGGACCAGCAGUUGGUAUCGACCUUGGGACCACCUACUCCUGUGUUGGUGUGUUCCAGCAUGGCAAAGUUGAAAUCAUUGCCAACGACCAGGGCAACAGGACCACACCCAGCUAUGUGGCCUUCACAGAUUCUGAGAGGCUGAUUGGAGAUGCAGCAAAGAAUCAAGUUGCCAUGAACCCCACCAACACAGUCUUUGAUGCUAAACGACUGAUCGGUCGCAGGUUUGAUGAUGCAGUUGUGCAGUCAGACAUGAAGCACUGGCCCUUUAAUGUCAUUAAUGACAACACUCGCCCCAAGCUUCAAGUUGAGUACAAAGGCGAGUCAAAGUCCUUCUACCCAGAGGAGGUCUCGUCUAUGGUGCUAACUAAGAUGAAGGAGAUUGCUGAAGCCUACCUCGGAAAGACUGUCAACAAUGCUGUGAUCACAGUACCUGCCUACUUCAAUGACUCCCAGCGCCAGGCCACCAAGGAUGCAGGCACAAUCUCUGGCCUUAACGUUCUUCGUAUCAUCAAUGAACCAACCGCUGCUGCCAUCGCCUAUGGGUUGGACAAGAAGGUAAAAAACGUUGGGGCUGAAAGGAACGUCCUCAUCUUCGAUCUUGGUGGUGGCACCUUUGAUGUAUCCAUCUUGACCAUUGAGGAUGGAAUCUUUGAGGUCAAAUCUACUGCUGGAGAUACUCAUCUUGGUGGGGAAGAUUUCGACAACCGUAUGGUCAAUCAUUUCAUUGCUGAGUUCAAGAGAAAGUACAAGAAGGACAUCAGUGACAACAAAAGAGCCGUCCGCCGUCUGCGCACAGCUUGUGAGCGGGCAAAGCGCACCCUGUCUUCCAGCACCCAGGCCAGCAUAGAAAUUGACUCUCUGUACGAGGGAGUUGAUUUCUACACCUCAAUCACCAGGGCACGUUUCGAGGAGCUGAACGCUGACCUCUUCCGUGGCACCCUUGACCCCGUCGAGAAGUCACUCCGUGAUGCCAAGAUGGACAAAGGGCAGAUCCAUGACAUUGUGUUGGUUGGUGGCUCAACCCGUAUCCCCAAGAUCCAGAAGCUACUCCAAGAUUUCUUCAAUGGAAAGGAGCUCAACAAGAGCAUCAAUCCAGAUGAAGCUGUGGCUUACGGGGCUGCUGUCCAGGCUGCCAUCCUGUCUGGUGACAAGUCUGAGAAUGUCCAGGACUUGCUGCUUCUGGAUGUCACCCCUCUCUCCCUGGGUAUUGAGACUGCUGGAGGUGUCAUGACUGUCCUGAUCAAAAGAAACACAACCAUUCCCACCAAGCAGACUCAGACCUUCACCACCUACUCUGACAACCAGCCUGGUGUGCUCAUCCAAGUUUAUGAGGGUGAGCGUGCUAUGACCAGGGACAACAACCUGCUGGGCAAGUUUGAGCUGACAGGCAUCCCUCCUGCUCCCCGUGGUGUUCCCCAGAUUGAGGUGACAUUUGAUAUUGAUGCCAAUGGCAUCAUGAAUGUUUCUGCUGCAGACAAGAGCACUGGCAAGGAGAACAAGAUCACUAUCACCAAUGACAAGGGGCGUCUCAGCAAAGAGGACAUUGAACGCAUGGUACAGGAAGCUGAGAAGUACAAGGCAGAGGACGACUCCCAGCGUGACAAGGUGUCUUCCAAGAAUGGCCUUGAGUCAUAUGCUUUCAACAUGAAGUCAACCGUGGAGGAUGAGAAACUUGCUGGUAAGAUCAGUGAAGACGACAAGCAGAAGAUUCUGGACAAGUGCAACGAGGUCAUUAGCUGGCUGGACAAGAACCAGACUGCCGAGAAGGAGGAAUAUGAACAUCAACAGAAGGAACUGGAGAAGGUGUGCAACCCCAUCAUCACCAAGCUGUACCAGAGUGCUGGUGGUAUGCCGGGUGGUAUGCCAGAGGGCAUGCCUGGUGGAUUCCCUGGAGCUGGUGGUGCUGCACCUGGCGCCGGUGGGUCCUCUGGCCCUACCAUCGAGGAGGUCGACUAAACAUUCCUCACUUCAGCUCCUCUCCUGAAAUGUUUUCUAAGAAAGUAACCCUCUUUUAGCAAUAGUAACAACAAUCUAAAGAGUGCAAUUUAACAAAAUAAAACUGGGUUCAAGGAUCACACUUAUUGCAUGGUUUGCGACACAACUGGGAACAACUUGUAGUUGGAACCAGCUGUCUGGUAAAUUGUUUUGUAUACAAGGAUGUCACUGCCUUGACAAUAAAACAAAUCUUAACCCUU